CCAUCGAAUUCGUGCCUCACCCCGUUUUCACCCAACGCUCCGUUUCGCCACAGGGGCAGGCAGCUCGAAAAGAUGCACGAGAUAGUAACACUGCAGCUGGGCCAGCCCAGCAAUUAUUUGGCAACGCACUUCUGGAAUGCGCAGGAGGCAUAUUUCACCUAUUCUGACGACGAGGAGUCGCCGGUCAACCACGAUGUCCACUGGAGACCGGGUAUCGGGGCGGGUGGCUCCGACACCUACAUGCCCCGGACAGUCAUAUAUGACCUGAAGGGUGGCUUCGGCUCCAUGCGCAAGAUCAACGCGCUAUACGAGGCCCAAGAUGGCCAGACCCCACAGGCCCUGUGGAGCGGCAAGACUGUCGUCCAGAAGCAGACUCCCAUCGAAGUGGCCGAGUAUCAACAGAGCCUGGAAAAGGGCGAGACGCCCGCGGAGCUGACGCCCGGCUCGGUGCGGUACUGGUCCGACUUCAACCGCGUCUUCAUGCACCCCCGUUCCGUCGUGCAACUCAACGACUACGAGCUCAACUCGUCCAUCCAGCCCUUUGAGCGCUGGCAGGCGGGCGAGGAGCUCUUUGCCGAGCUCGACAAGGAGCACGACCUCCUCGACCGCGACCUGCGCCCGUUUGUCGAGGAGGCCGACCAAAUGCAGGCCAUACAGGUCUUCACCACUAUCGACGAUGCCUGGGGUGGCUUCGCAGCCCGCUACGCUGAGCGCCUGCGUGACGAAUACGCAAAGUCGAUCGUCUGGGUCUGGGGUCUGCAGGACUCCGCCCCGGGCCUGAACAGGGAAAAACGCCUCCUGAGGAUGUCCAACAAGGCCCGCGCCCUGACGGAGCUCUACAAGCAGGCAUCGAUCGUGGUGCCUUUCUCCAUGCCGCGGUCUCUGGCUUCGCAUAAAGCCUUGACGUCACGACUGGAUACUGCGUCCCGCUGGCAUACGUCAGCCCUACUCGCCUCGGCCCUCGAGACGGCUACUCUCCCAUCCAGACUCAAGCGCGGCCCCAACAGCGAUAACAUGGAUAGGAUGGCCGAGUGGCUCAACGUCAUGGGGAAGCAGACCAUCGCGACCCUGCAGAUGGACGUUGUGCAUGACGAGCCCGAUGACUCGUCAUCAGAUCCCAGGCAGCGGCCAGAUGUUCUCAAGAAGUACGCCAUCGACGGCGGAGAUGAGUAUGAUGGUAACGAGGACACGGUAGAAGGGGCCAGGGGCGUGGACCUGCCGAUCGACUUUACGACACACGACGAGUUUGCGUCCCCCUCGCGCCAGAACGGGCACAAGUCGCGCCGGCACAUUUUUGGCCAGACGGUUUCUGUCCGUGGUAUACCACCGAGCGAGGACGCGCCGGCGCAGGACCGGCGGUUUGCUAGGCAGCACCAAGGAUCGGGGAAGGCUGCAGUACGGAGCUACUUCUCCGACCUGAGGUUCCCCCAGCCGGACAGCUUCCCCUCGAUAUUCUCCACGGCCUCGGGUGAAGCCUCAAAGGGCGCGCUGCCGGUCAUCGGAUCGUUGACCACGGACAGUGCAACGUCGGACAGGCUCAAGCUGCUCCGGACCAACGUGGCCCGAAGCAUCGGCGUCGAGGAUAGGGAGGCACUGAGUAACGAGCUUGCACAAAUGGCCGAGGAGUACCACGAAGGCUGGUCGAGCGGCAGCGACGACGGCGACGACGACUGAAGAUCAUUCGGUAGGUGUGUGCCGGGUAUCUAAGUGCUUUUUUAGGAUGCCGUUUGCUUCCGCCUUCGUAUCCAUAACACGUUACAUCUCCAAUAGGCAGGCAGGCGUGGGCGGGUGAAUGUGGGAAAGAGAAGGGCCCAGAAAUUCGGAUAGCACAAAGGUAGCAAACGUGUUCCAGUUUGACGACAAUGGCCGUUGACCGCCUGAUGUACCACCCGGGCUUUUUCUUGGCUCGAGAUUGAGGGUCCAUUUGCCGUUUUUAUAGAUGCUUCUGCCUGGCCCA